UUUCUUGCUCUGUGACGGUGUAGUAGUUCCGGGAAAAUGGCGGCCCGCUGAGAGGGCAACAUUUGGUGUUUGGAGGAGAAACGAUGAGCCGUAGCUUUGCGUGAAAUGUUCGUGGCUGUGUUGUGGAGGCGGCGCGUCUGUCAGGCGGCGGUCUGCGGCAGCAGAAGCUACGGGAAGCUGCAUCCGUCUGCCUGUCAGACCCAGCGCUUGCGGAUCUUCCAGUCUCUCUGUGAUCGGCUUGCGACUGGAGCUGCUGAGGAGCACAAAGCAUCGAGAGCGGAUCUGACCAUCCGAUUGGCUGACGGCAGGACGGUCAAAGGGUCAGCUGGCGUGACCUCGCCGUUACAGAUCGCCAAGAGUGAACGUGUUAAAGGUGCAGUGGCGAGCAGAGUGAAUGGAGCUCUGUGGGACCUAAGUCGCCCUCUUGUGGAGGACUGUGAACUGCAGCUGCUGGGUUUUGACUCGCUGGAGGGGAGACAGGUGGUGUGGCGCACCGGAGCGUGUGUGUUAGCGAGUGUGAUGGAGAAUCUCUUCAGCGCUCGCGUGUGUCGAGAGGGAGUCUCUGACACGGGCCUGUACUGUGAUUACCAGCUCCAAAACAACGCUCUCUCUCUGUUGGACGUGGAGCAGAGGUGUAAGCAGAUGGCAGCUGGGAAGAUUCCCGUCAUCAAGCUCGAGGUCACUGUACAGGACCUGAAAGAGAUCUUCCAGGUCAGCGUGUCCUCUAGCUUUUGACCUUUACAGUGUUCUUCAAC